AUGGGUCUCUUCGACAAACUCCAAGCAAGUAAGGGUGCCCCAUCCUCUCUUGACACCACUUCUCCAACCACUCCCCCAAUGCAUCCUUCUUGGGGAAUAUGCCCAACUGACCUCGUAACAGAACUGGAGCUCUACCGCCUCGAGCAGAAAUACGCGCGUCGCAAGAACCGGACGACAUUCACGACGGGCGCGGUAUACCAGGACGGCGAAUACUUUUACACGGGCGCCGCCGACUCGCGAAGUCCAACCAUGUCGACCAACUCGACCGGCAAUUCCAACAACACCUCUACAAGUAACAAGAGGAGGACGGUGCUGUGGGUGCCACCCGAGCAACGGAGAUGA